GAGCUUGUUGCCAAUAACACCGAUGCAGUGGAAUAUUUUGCAAGUACUACCUUAGGGGCUCAGUUCAUCAUGGCUGUCACCCCCAAGACCAUGCUUCGAAAACCAUUACCAGCAUCCCGCGGACCAGCAAACAAGACAGCUGUGCCUCAUGCUCCACCUGCCAAAGAUGGCAAAAAACAACAUAGCUCUCCGAAAGAUUUAUCUGUAAGGCCUGCCAAAGUCCAGCCACUUCAAGGAGGUGCAAAUAUCAGUGAUACAAACCAUCCUCGUUAUCAGCAAAGAAGCUCAGCUCCCUUUGAGUCUCAGCUGAAUGCUACCAAGAUACCAUUGACUGUCAGGAGCCAUUCAUUGAGUGAAUCCCCUCAAAAACGACCAGUCAUUAGAAAAGGGCCAAUUGUACCCAGCAAAGCCAAAACAGUUCCAAAAUUUACAUUAAAACACCCGUCUGCAAGAUAUCAAAGCCUUCCACAUUCACAUCAUAAAAAUGUCACAUCAAAACCCGUAACAGGUCAUUUGAGAGACUCCAAUUCUACCACUGGCUCAGCAGGGAUAUCAGUCAGCCCCAUACCUCAGCGGACUGCCACCAUACCUCUGAAAAACUCUAUUAAAUCUGGCCAAAAAGGAACGCCAUUUCCGCCUGACAGGGUUAAACAAUUUCCAGUGGCAUUACAGGCAGUAACACAGAUGGGUAGGCAGCUGAAGGAAAAAUCAAGUAACACAUCAGUUCUGCUCAAUACCCUUGUAAAUCAGAAUUCUAGCUUCCUCACUAACAGCCUUCAACAUAUGGCGCAAUCUUCUAAUUCCACAUUUACAACUGGAAAAGAGGCUGUGUUGUAUGAACUGAAUUCUCUCAACACCCAGGACCAUCUAUUGAAUGUUGAAAAUGUGACUUCUGUCCCUCAAGCUGAUCGGCACAAUGAUGUUUCAAGAGCUGGACUUUUAAGAAAGAUAAAUUGGCCAGAAGUACAUGAUUCCAAAGUCAUGCAAGAGUUGAAAUCCAAAGUAAAUGUAAAGAUACCAGAUAGAAAUAUAUUUAUGAAUACAAACCUAAGCUCAACAGAACUUUCUGGACUUGUCCAAGAAGACAGAGGUCAGUUCCAUCCAGUAUUAACCACAGAUACUAGUGUCAUUGGACUUACACAGACUGUUGUAUUGGCCACUCAGACUGCAAGGACUUCUGAUAAUGUAAGUCAUUCAAGUGUCCGUUCUCAAGGACUCGUCGAAACGACAACAGAAGUCCAUAGUCGAUUAAUGACAGGGGAAGCCACACAAGCCAAAAGAGAAAAAGACCAGACUUGGCCAGGUAUGACAGAGAGCCACCAAAUUCACCACAAUCUGACACAUUCCCAUAAACACAGACACCUAAAUCCAGAGUCACUUAGACAAAAUGAAACCAACACCAUAUCUCAACAUAAAGGCGCACCUCAUGAUAGAACAGCCCCUUCAGAACCAAACAGACAUCAUCAGAAACACCUACACAACCACACCCAGCCACACUCACAUAGCCACCAUAAACACCACUCAGACCAUCGUUUACAAAGGAAUCAUGUUUCCCAGACUCUGGUAACCAUUAAUACACAAGAGCAGCCAGAUUUAACCACUCGGAUGCAACUGAACCAAUCUAACCCACAGCAGCUUCACAAAGAGUUGGUGACAUCUACCCAGAGACAAAUUUCCAUCCAAAAUGAUACACAUUUCAGUGCUAGGCUUUCUGAUCCCUCCUAUAUAGGAGGUAUGCAGGAGAAUGAGAUAGGGUCCGUAACAGCAGGACUUUCAGGAAUAUCUGGAACAGCUCAUCCAAGGCUGACUACCCAGAAUGUCUUUGGCAGUCAGUCUGAACUGACAACACAGUCCCAAGAACCCACAACAUAUUUCUCAGUUUCUGUAACAGACAGUCAAACUGCAGUUCACAAACUAAACAGCUUGGAACAAGGUAGACAUUCGGAAGCAUAUCCCAGCCUACACACUAAACCUUUUAUACACAGACUUUCAGAAUCACAUACACAGUACCACUUGACACAAACAACAAAAUACAAUGUAACCACACACCUUCACGUAGCAGCAACUAAACAGCCUCAGUUAGAUAUCAUCCCAACCACUCUAGUUGAGAGCAUUAUACAGAACCAACCAGGCAAUCGUCCAUCCCAAGAGGAGCUAACCACACCCACACAGGAACAGCAAACCAUAAAGAACCAGACAAAUCUAACUUUUUUGGAUCCAUCAAAACUAAGCACAUCAGAAGUAGGUUUAACCACCCAAACUCAGCCUAAGGUAAUCACACAGACACAGCCAGAGCUGUCUACAGAGCACGAUUUUUCCACAAGGGCCUGGCAAACGAGGUCCACACAAAAACCUCCUAAACUGACCAUAAAAGUCCCACUGAUGCCUCCUACUGUAACAAUGCCUUAUUUAAUUACACCGUCCCAGCCAGAGCCAACAAGAAAUAAUCUGUCAAACUCUAGAACAUUAGCAUAUGUUAAUAAAACUCAACCAGAGCCAAUCACCAAUACCCACUCAAAAGGAAAUGAUAGAACAGAGUUCUCCACCAAUACAGGGCCAAACAUAAACAAUGCUUUGGAAUCUACUUCUCAAACAAAAUCAAUCCAAAACAGCCCCAUGGAACUUGGUAAUUACACAGAGCCGAUCACAAAUACAAAAUCUCCCACACAAAGAGAAUUAUUUACAAAGACUGGGGCAGUCUUCCCAACAGUACCAGAGCUAAUUACUAAGGUCACCACUGAAUCAACUAAUAAUACAGAACCAUUUCUACAGGGUGAGACAAAAACUGACUCUCAGGUGGAACCAGUCACAAAGCAUAGGAAUGAUUCCACUGCACAAAAUGAACCAGCAUCUAGGAGAGAUUCUACUACAAAACAUAAACCAACAACCGCGAGUAAGACCCAUCCCACCAUAAAAUCAGAAUGGGCCACAGAUGAAAUAGAUACCCAGAAACACACCACAUCAACCACAAAUACUCAUACAGAAUCAGCUGCAGAAACAGAACCAAUCACAAACAGGAAGAUAGAAUCAACUACACAGUCUACCACUAAGAAUUUAACAGAUUUCACAGACACAGAGCCAAUCACAAAGCAUAUGGCAGAACUUGACACUAAAAGAGAACCAACCACUGCAAACAAAAUGGAAUCAUUCACACAAACAAAUAUCAUGAUCCACGGUGGUGGUAAAAAAGAACCAGCGAUUCAGAUUGAGACUGGACUAAUCAACCAAACAGAAUUGAUCCCGAAGACGUCAUUUAAGCCAACUGUAUCCUAUCCUCAUGUAUCUACAUCCCACAAAGGGCUAAUGCAAUCUACACAGUCACAUGUUGGAACACCUACAUAUCAUCAGUUAAUCACAUUGACUGGACCAGAGUUGACCAUGAAUGUCAAUGAUGAAACUAACAUACAAACUCCAGGAGACCAAGCUGUGGACAAGUACACACCAACAGAGAGGACAUCAUUUACUGACCAUGUCAAUGUAACCGAGAAUAGGACAGAAGGCCCUGCCCCAGCAAGGACAGGUGGACACCAUGGCUACACUCAGAAUGGUGUGCACUAUUCUAAAACAACACCUGUUUGGGAUGUGGAAGCAUAUCAUCCUACAUCAAGACUUCCAUCGGGGCACCAUCAAGACCAUGCAAUUAAAGUGAAAAACGAUGGAUCGGAGUCUCCUAGCUCAACUAAAUCAGUGACUUCACCACAAUCCAGCACCUUCACCCCUCUGACACUUAGUGAGAUGAUGUCUUCACCUUCUGGGAGAGACAGAAUCUUCAUCGUAGAUGAACAGCAACCGGUCUUUAAAGUGCCAACCAUCAGCAUGACUUACAGAGUGAAUGUGCAACAAUCUGCAAUGUGCAGUGAUCUUGAACCAUGCAAAAAAGAUUUCAGCAAAGAGGUGACUUCUGCAUACAAGUAUACUGCUGGAUUCGACAAGGCGGACGUGAUCAAUGUGACGCUGUCUGGCACUGCCCUGGAAUACAAAGUGCAGUACAGCGUGCAAGUAGGGAGCCCGAUGUCCGUAGAACAGGAAUCGGUACUUGCUAACCCAACGUCAGUGUUUGAGGCCUUGGCUCCCUCUGAGUACACCCUCCUCUCCACAAUCCGCAAUACUUCCAUGGAAGAUAUGGUUGAGCCCUGUACAGAUUGGUUCACGUGCCCUCGGGGAUUCCGCUGUGUGCCUCAGCGCAAGCUUAGCGCCUUCUGUCUGUCACCUUGUCACAGCACUUUCUGUCAAAAUGACGGCAUCUGUAUACAUCGCAAAGGCCAGGAUCCUGCGUGUCAGUGCCCUGUUGGCAGAGACUUUUGGUACAUGGGACCUGCUUGCGAUUACCGAAUGACCCAUCACCGCCUUGCCGCCAUUGCCUGUGCCGUUGUGUUCUGCAUCAUAAUUUGCGCUGCGGCAGCUGUUUUUAUCCUGGUCCGCAGGUUCCAGACACAGAUCCUUCAGCAGAAAGUGGCUCAGACGCAGAGCAGCUACAGGAGAUUCAGCAGAUUUGAUGACGUCCCCACUCAUUUCUGGUGUCCCUCUCAGACGUGGCUUACAACCUCGGCCUCCAUCAACUCUCUGGACAAUCCGGCUUUCAGCAGCUCUGAAGAAGUCUUUCCCCUGCAGGCCCUGGGGAGCUGUGUGUGUGGCUGUCAGGACGGCGCCCGGAAUAACGCUCCAACAAACCCAGCCCAGCAGCCGCCACGAGCCCCUCCCAGGCUGGAAACGAGCUGCAGCAGCGUCAAUGACCUGAUGGUUGAUUCUGGUAAGGCAAGUGACGUGUCAGUGUGCAGCUGGCCGAUGGAACCGAUUCACUGGACUCCAUUCCCUAUCCUGCACCAACUCUCUCUACAGUCUCCAUUCCACGCUCGCAGGCCCCACUCUUAUUUCGAGGGAAUGGAGCUGGUCAACACAGAGCGGAGCUGGACCGCAUAG